AUGACCGACAUGCUGCGGGACUACAUUCGCAAGAUGUCAACAGUGGCCGUCGACUUUGCCAAUCACAACGGCCGCAGCGAGCCCACCACCGAGGACCUAGCGAUGACCUUAAAGUACAUGAACGUCGAUGUCAGCCAGCUGCAGGACUACGUCCUCAAUGUGGACAGUUCGCCUCUUCCCCAUAAAGUGCCCUUCUUUCCAGUGCCUUGUAAGGCGAACCGUGCCAUUGACAACUGUGCGCCUAGUGACGAGGAGCGACCUGAAUGCUACGAGGAGUGGAUGCCUUCAUUGGUGCACAAAAGAUCCCCAUCGCUUCCCGAAUUGAAUUAUCAAUCAGCAGAACAAAGUCAAGAUGUAUUGGAAAAACAAAAUGCAACAUCAAAUACUAGUGAAAGCAAAGCACCUGUUUUUGAGAACAAAAGUCAAAAGAACAAGCUCGUUCUUAGAUUCAGUAUGAGCAAGUCAGUUGAUGACCUUACCGAUGAGAAUCGUGUACAUGCUGACGAUGAAGAAGCCAAUGAAGCUAAUUUGUCAGAAAGCGCUCUCAUUGCUAAGCGUCUUAAGAAGUCUCGUGCCUUUCAAAACUUUCUCAACAGUUCACUUUAUAAGAAUCCUACUGAUCCGGAAGCUAAAAGUGCUCUUCGUGUUGCGGACACGCAGAGGUUGCCCAACGCAUAUCAAAGUCGCGAAAACUCACCUCAACCAGAACAAGCAAGUAUGCAAAAUAAUGACACUUCAAAUGAUGCUCUCAAUCACUCCUCUAAGAGCGAGGCAAGGAAAGCAAAGAGAUCGAAAAAGAAGAAAAACAGUGUUUCAGAUAGUGAUAAUCUGACUUUUGGAUUUUUCGAUGAUGAUCUCAACGGCAGCAACAGGGUGAAUGAUUUCGAGUUGAAGAAAGAGCGCAAAAGUAAAAACAGCGACUCAACAGAGGAGAGACCAAAGAAAAAGCUCAUGCCAUUCAGCCUCAAAGUGCCUGGUAUCGUAAUUGCCGAUGAUAAUGCUAACAUGUUAGAUUUCAACGAACCAGGGCCAUUUGACUUUAGCAAUAAAGACAACUUGCCCAAGACAAAGAAGCAGAACAAACCAAAGAAGGAAAAGCCACCAAAG